GGGGCUGUGGUUAGAACCACCCUAUUUUGUACUACUUGUAUUACAUGGAUGUCAGCCCAAGCUUAAAGAAAAUGCAGAGAAGUUAGAAUGGAAGGGAAGUGCUAAGGGAAACUUCAAGCGACAAACCGGACGACUGGACCGAGCUAGUUAACUACGCUUUUUCGCCGCCAUCCCGCCACCGUGCCCCGCCUGGACGCCUCUCCAAGACCAGGACUCCACGACUGAAGUGCCUCACGCAGACUACGCAGUCACGCGGCUCACGGGAGUCACCGCCUCGCCGCCUCACCGCCUAUCCGCCACCCACCGAUCACGGUCUCACGGCCCUCAGCCCCUUAUUGCCUAGGACCUCGGUAAUCGGGCCAGCCCUGAUGAUUUCCCAUACAGAAGAGAACUCUUGUCUAGGUGGUACCUUAGAGGAGGGUUACUUUCUUUCGUCCUAAUACCAUGGCUGCUGCGUUUGCUGCCUUCACCCGAACACAAUCGUCAUUUAGGUUAAAGCACCUGGUCCGCCGGAGCUACUCUACGAAGGCAAGUAGUGUACUUCCUCCCCCUGAUGUCUCUCGUUUGGCCGCAACAGCUCGCAUUUCUCUCACCCCAGCUGAGAUUGAAGAAUUCGCUCCUAAAAUUCGACAAGUGAUAGACUGGUUUGGUCAACUCCAAGCCGUUGAUCUUGGAAUUAUUGAGCCAUCCAUCAGAGCAGAUACCGAAGGCGAUAGCUUGCGGGAUGAUGUGCCUGAAUGUUUUGAAAACAGGGAAGCCAUUAUAGCUGCAUUUCCAAGCUAUGAGGAGCCUUAUAUCAAUGUCCCCAAAGUGCUGAACAAGGAAUAAUUUUCUCAGAGCAUCCCAGCCAUAUGCUAUAGUCCUUAUAUAUUGUAUCCAUUCUCAUUUACUUGAAAUAAAAUUUUAGUGAUUAUGGCUUCAUUUGGUUGAAGGAAAAAUGUUUGGUUUGAAGCAUUUCCCUAGAUUCUUUGAAUUUGAAUGGAAUAUUUAAAAGAGGAAGUCUUGCUAUCGACCCGUUCUAUUUUUCUUUUUGUAGGGGC